AGCGACCGGCGGUCGAUUGCAAUGCCUGAGCUCUCGGCGCUCUUCUAGCGCUGCCUUUUUGGUCUCCACGUGGACAGGUCAGUGAUGGCGGCGCUGGCGGAGUCCGUGGCGGCGGGGCCGGGCAGCCGAAACGGCACUGGUAGAGGUCGAGCUCCUAGGGGCCGCCUGGCCAAUCAGAUCCCCCCUGAGAUCCUGAACAACCCCCAGCUGCAGGCAGCCAUUCAAGUCCUGCCUUCCAACUAUAACUUUGAAAUUCCCAAGACCAUCUGGAGGAUUCAGCAGGCCCGGGCCAAGAAGGUGGCCUUGCAAAUGCCUGAGGGCCUUCUCCUCUUUGCCUGCACCAUUGUGGAUAUCUUGGAAAGGUUCACAGAGGCUGAAGUGAUGGUGAUGGGCGAUGUGACGUAUGGGGCUUGCUGUGUGGAUGACUUUACUGCAAGGGCCCUGGGCGCUGACUUCCUGGUGCACUAUGGCCACAGCUGCCUGGUUCCCAUGGACACCUCGGCCCAAGACUUCCGGGUACUGUACGUCUUUGUGGACAUCCGAAUAGAUACUACCCACCUCCUGGAUUCUAUCCGCCUCACCUUUCCCCCUGCCACUUCCCUUGCCCUGGUCAGCACCAUUCAGUUUGUGUCAACCUUGCAGGCAGCUGCGAAGGAGCUGAAAGCUGAGUACCAUGUGAGUGUCCCACAGUGCAAGCCCCUGUCCCCUGGGGAGAUUCUGGGCUGCACGGCUCCCCAUCUGCCCAAAGAGGUGGAGGCUGUUGUAUAUCUCGGAGACGGCCGUUUCCAUCUGGAGUCUGUCAUGAUUGCCAACCCUGGUGUCCCCGCUUACCGAUACGACCCAUACAGCAAAGUCCUAUCCAGAGAGCACUAUGACCAUCAGCGCAUGCAGACCAGCCGCCAAGAAGCCAUAGCCACGGCCCGCUCAGCUAAAUCCUGGGGCCUUAUCCUGGGCACUUUGGGCCGCCAGGGCAGCCCCAAAAUUCUGGAGCACCUGGAAUCUCGACUCCAAGCCUUGGGACUUCCCUUCAUGAGACUGCUGCUUUCUGAGAUCUUCCCCAGCAAGCUUAGCCUACUUCCUGAAGUGGAUGUGUGGGUGCAGGUAGCAUGUCCGCGCCUUUCCAUUGACUGGGGCACAGCCUUCCCCAAGCCACUGCUGACACCCUAUGAGGCAGUGGUGGCCCUGAGGGACAUUUCCUGGCAGGAGCCCUACCCUAUGGACUUCUACGCCGGCAGCUCCUUGGGGCCGUGGACAGCGAACCACGGACGGAACCGGCCCCCCCAGGCCCUGAGCCCGCCAGCGCUGGAGAAGGAGGCCACGCACCCCUCUCCAGCCGCGGCUUGCGACGGUUGCAGCUGCAGAGACGACAAGGGAGCACCGCCCGCUCGGUGAGACGCUCCUCGGUCUCAGGCUGCUUCCGGUCCCUGGCGCGUUGCCCCGCUACAUGGCGGCGCAGCAACCCCUGCGGGUGUUAGCCCUGGCCGGCUUCCGGCAGAGCGAGCGGGGCUUCCGCGAGAAGACCGGAGCGCUGAGGAAGGCGCUGCGGGGCCGCGCCGAGCUCGUGUGUCUCAGCGGCCCGCACCCGGUCGCGGAUGCCGCGGGCCCCGAGGGCGCCGGGCCGGACUCCGGUGAGACGGGCGCUGCCCAGGAAAUGCCCUCUGAGUCUUUGAUCUGGCCUCGUUUCAGCAUACCCCCACGCUGUGUCCUCACCUCGUUCCUUCCCCCUGCCCUUACUCUUCCUUUCUUCCAUCCCAGCGUCCCAGGCUUCCACCUUGAUCAGUCUUCCCCGUCUUGCCAUGCCACUCUGCUCUCUACUUCAUUUCCCCCAGCUUUUCUUCUCUUCUUCGACCGCCUCUUUGUUUGCUCGUUGUCAUUCCCAAGCCCUCCGUCCCCUCCCUUUUUCAUUUCUCAUCGCCUAGAUACCCGCUUGCCCUAACCGCAGCCUUUCCCCCAUAUCGCUGUAGCGCCCUGCCUUCAGGAGGAGCA